UAUAUAUAUUAUUUUUUAUUUAACUAAUUGAUGAAUAUUUUGACGCAUUCAUUAAUGCAAAAAUGGAGAAAACAACGGAUAAUAGUAAAGAUACGAAAAGCAAAUCAAAUGAUAACACGAAGAAGGAAUUGAAAGCAGAAAACAAACAAACCAAACCAACUGGCAAUUGUUACUGCGGUAAGGAAAGAAAUUUGAAUAUUGUUGAAUUACUCUGUGCUUCAUGUUCUCGAUGGUACCAUGAGUCAUGCAUCGGUUACCAGUUAGGAAAGCUUGUUCCCUUCAUGACAAAUUAUUUUUUCUUAUGCAAGAACUGUUCUCCAACCGGAUUGGAAAGUUUCAAAAAAAAUCAAGCAUUAAUUCCACAGAUGUGCGUUACAGCACUUGCCAAUUUGCAGCAGGCGUCUGCAAAAGAUGGCCAAAAUAAGUUUAUGUUCAGUAAAGAUAGAGAAAUCAUUCCAUUUAUUGAUCAACAUUGGGAAGCAAUGACAACAAUGCCUAGACGUGUAACACAAUCGUGGUAUGCCACUGUGCAAAAGGCUUUGAUCAAGGACACACAUGUUUUAUUUAAUAAUGAAGAAAACGCUGUAGAAGGAACAAUGUUCGGCCUACUUUCAAAAGAUCUUACAAAUGUUAAACCCAAUUACGAAGCUAUGAUUAAAGGAGGCUUGUUAAAGGUUACUGAUAUGGGUAUAACUCAUGUUCCCAUGCAAAAUGCUCUCAAAGGAGGUAGGAACAAUAAAAGGCGACUACCUGGAGAUACAACAACUAUAAAAAAAGGACGGGGUGGCAGUGAAGUAGUUCCUAAGUUGCCAGCGCAUGGUUAUCCAUUGGAACACCCGUAUAAUAAGGAUGGAUACAGAUAUAUAUUAGCUGAACCUGACCCACAUGCGCCAUUCCGACAGGAAUUUGAUGAAAGCUCAGAUUGGGCCGGAAAACCAAUUCCUGGAUGGUUAUAUAGAGCAUUGAUUCCGGCUAAUGUUCUCUUAACACUACAUGAUCGGGCACCACAAAUAAAAAUAUCUGAAGACAGAUUAGCUGCAACAGGUGAUAAAGGUUACUGCAUGGUGAGAGCCACUCAUGGGGUCACUCGUGGAUGUUGGUAUUGGGAAGCUACUAUUGAAGAAUUACCUGAGGGUGCGGCUGUUCGACUUGGAUGGGGUCAAGAAUUAGCAAACUUGCAAGCACCUUUGGGUUAUGACAAAUUUGGAUACAGCUGGAGAUCACGAAAAGGAACAAGAUUCCAUGAAUCAAUUGGUUCACGUUACAGUGAGGGCUAUGGAGAAGGAGAUGUGUUAGGAUUUAUGAUUAUAUUGCCAGAUACUCGUGAUGUUAAUCAUACACCAAAUACUUACAAAGAUAGACCUCUUGUUAAAUUCAAAAGUCAUUUAUAUUAUGAAGAUAAAGAUAAAAUAGCAGAGUCUUUAAAACUAUUGAAACCAUUAGAAGAUACCCAUAUAUAUUUUUUCAAGAAUGGGGUCAACCAAGGAGAAGCUUUUAACCAUAUAUAUGGAGGUUGUUAUUUUCCAACAUUGUCAUUAUUCAAAAAUGUGACUGUCAGUGUAAAUUUUGGUCCAAAUUUUAAAGCAACUCCAACAACGGAUUAUGAUUACAGACCAAUGUCAGAAAAAGCUGAAGAAGCAAUAAGUGAGCAAACCAUGGCCGACUUGAUGUAUUUAACUGAAAAUGAUGGCAAAUUAAGAUUAGACAACCUUUGAGUUUGACUCAAAGUUUAUGAUUAUUUCAAUAUUAG